AUGCAAUAAGUAAAAUAUCCUGACUUAUCAACUUCAAAUUAGGAAACUCUAUCAUAACAAUUGUUUGAGAAUACUAAUUAAAAUGUUAAAUUUAUACCUGUUGUGACACAACAUCAAGAUUAAUUUUCCUAAUCGAUUUCAGUUCAACCUUAAGUUUCCUUAAAUCAGAUAGCUCCUUAUUAAGAGUUUGCAAAUUAUCAGGCGACUUAGUAGCCGAUAUCAACUUCCAAUCUGAUCAAAGAUUAAGAAUUUAAAAAACAAAAGAAAUUUUUAAUGUAAAUUUUAGGAAUUUUCAUCCUUUGGACAAUUGUGGCAUUAUUGAUAUACAUUUUUUUCUGCUACACUUUGUUUCGUAUCAAAAAACUUGAAAUUGUUUUUUUUGCUUUCCUUUUUAUUUCUGUGAUCUUAAUUCCCAUACUCAUAAAAAUUGGAAUUGGGGAAAACUUUAGGAAUGUAAUACAAAAUAAUUUAUUAUAGACAUCCACCAGCAUUUGUAUCUUAUUUGGAUUAAUUUUGAAUCACACAAUGCUUUAUUUUGGAAUCUUAGGUGUUAUAAUGUAUAUAAUUCAUGAUUAUUGGGGAUGUAAAAUUAUUUUAUUAUAUAAGCUUUGGCUGUUUUUAUCAUUUUUUAAUUGAAUGUAGGUGUAAACUUCAUUAGUAAUUUUAUUAUGUUGAUAUAUUUAUGCUUUGAAUAAAACAGUAUAAAGAUGAUUUGUAAAUAUUUAUAUAUCAAUUUUAAGAUGUAUUAGUAGCGCAAUUAUUAGUUAUUGGUAUUUGUGGGAUAUUUUUACAAUAAAUAACAUUAUUUUUAGUGUUCACCCUCCCAUAUCCAUUUUGUGUUUUGAAUGUGCUUAAGCAAAUCUAAAAUGGACGAGUAAAUAAUAUUAUAUUAUAUUAGUUUAAAUUGUAAAAUGAUCAAGUAAUUUCAGCAUCAAUAACAGCUUUUUAUGGAAUGAUAAUAUGUUGUUAAGACUGA